UUUGACCACCGUGUUCUCGCAAAGGGGGCCAAGUCUGGUCACUAUAUACCAGCUGAAAGUCGAUCUGUUAUUUCCCCUGCUGCUCUAUAUCAAAACAGCUCCUCUUCUACGUCGAGUUCUUUUACAACACAACACACAACACAACACACAACACACAAUACACAAUGGUCCAAACCCCUCAACAACGCCGUGCAAACGAGGCUUUUGCAAAGAAACAAGAAGUCAAACGUGGAAAGCCCGAACCCGUCCUCAAGAAAUCCGUCCCUCAAAAGAGUCCAAUCAACAAAUUUUGGCUGUUUGCUCUCCUCUUUGUCGUCUGUGGUGGUCUCAUCUUUGAGUUGUUGAGGAUCAUUGCUGGUUACUUUUAAAGUCGUCAAUCGCGCGAAAGACUGAGAUUCUGAGGACAACAUCUCCUUGAGAUCCCGGAGGACAACAUCCCCCCUUGAGGCUCAAGAGGAUGUUGAAACAAAAAAGAGGUGGAUAAGAGUGAGGGGAUACCUGUCAUCUGUGAUGGCUUGGUUUGCCUCGACAUACACAAAAAAAA